CGGCGCCGAUACUGAGGGGUGUCCGUGAGGUGAUGAGGCUUGCGGACUUCGCGCCAGUACCGCGGAGACAUCGACAUAAGAAGAAAUGGUGAGCCCUGGUUAUUCCAUAUCUUACUCCUGGGGCCUGGGAACUCCCAGAGCAACCCUAUCUGAUUCUGAGCAUUAUGUUACUACUCACUCUAUGGUCUUAGGCUGCCACAGAACCCAAGUUCCCUGCCAGUCGACUGGCUCUGCAGAAUUUUGACAUGACCUAUAGUGUGCAGUUUGGGGAUCUUUGGCCAUCAAUCCGAGUCAGUCUCCUCUCAGAGCAGAAGUAUGGUGCGCUGGUCAAUAAUUUUGCUUCUUGGGAUCAUGUGAGUGCUAAGCUGGAGCAGCUGAGUGCCAAGGACUUUGUGAGUGCAGCCAUGUCCCACUGGGAACUGGAAGCUCAGAGUGGCCAUUCUACAACCCCAACCUACAGUCCAAACCUUCGAUGCUUCACUUUUGCCAGAGGGGAUGUCAGCCGCUUCCCUCCUGCCAGACUUGGCAGCCUGGGUGUUAUGGACUACUACCUGAUGGAUGCUGCCUCCUUGCUACCUGUCUUGGCUCUUGGCCUUCACGCUGGGGACACUGUGCUUGACCUGUGUGCGGCCCCAGGGGGAAAGACACUAGCAUUGCUUCAGACAUUGUGUUGCCGCAAUCUUGCUGCCAACGAUCUCUCUACGUCUCGCACAGGUAGACUACAAAAGGUCCUUCAAAACUAUGUGCCUCAAGAUAUCAGGGAAGGAAAUCAAGUUCGAGUUACUUCCUGGGAUGGAAGGAAGUGGGGAGAACUGGAAGGGGACACUUAUGACCGAGUGCUGGUAGAUGUGCCCUGUACCACAGACCGACACUCGCUUUAUGAGGAUGAAAAUAACAUUUUUCAACGGUCAAGAAGGAAGGAGCGACAGAUGUUGCCUAUGCUGCAAAUGCAGCUACUUGCGGCUGGACUUCUUGCUACCAGACCAGGAGGCCAUGUUGUCUACUCCACCUGCUCCCUCUCGCAUUUACAGAAUGAAUAUGUGGUGGAAGGCACCAUCGAGCUUCUCGCAAACCAAUACAGCAUCAAGGUUCAGGUGGAAGACCUGUCUCACUUCCGAAAGCUUUUCAUGGACACAUUCUGUUUCUUUCAGUCCUGCCAGGUUGGAGAGCUGGUAUUGCCAAACUUGAUGGCCAAUUUUGGGCCUAUGUACUUCUGCAAACUGCAUAGGCUAACAUAGCAUCACCCUGUUACUGAAAUAGGAAGACAAAGGAUGUAUUCUGUUGGUGGUACCAGAAACCAAGACCAUUGGCAGAUACACACUCUGGGUCCUGCCUCCAUCUUCUUCCAGUUUUUCUGAAGACAGUUUUAAGCAGUAGCAAGUAGGAUGUCCAUUUGUGGAGCAUCAGCAGAUUUCUAGCUCACUUAUACCUCUGUCUCAUCUCCACAUCUGUGCUAAUGUUUCCUACUCCUUUUGAGGGUUAGAAGGAAGAACUGGUGAGCAAGCCCACAUUGUAAACUGUGUAUUUAGGAAGAAGCAGUUAGCCAAUAAAAUUGUUGAAGCUCUAUAGAUCUGGGGCUAUUGUUGGGAGCUUUAUGUCUGUCCAGGUACUGUGACAGUCCCUUUUGUUCCCAGCUGCAGCUGCUAAAUACUAGCUCCAAGGUAUGUAAGCCCAGGACCUCAGCCUGGUUACAGAUCUCUGGUUAUAGAUCCCCUCUAACACUUGAGGUAAGUUCCACUUGAUUAGAUGACAGGUCAAGCAAUCUUCCCCAUGUGAGUUAUGAUCUAAUUUCAGUAGCAGGUUACUAAAUAUGUUAAGCUGGUGCAUGAUAACUUCUUACAUACUGAGAAAGCUCUGCUGAGCUGAGUAAUUCUGGCUGUUCCUUCUGUUACUGGUGAUACACACUGCUGUGUGGCUGGGGAAGCUGCUUCUGCUAUAGAGAUGUCAUAUUCUUUUUGGGUUUCUUUCUUUGUUCCUUCAUCUAGCAGUAGGCAUUUCAUGAGUUCCUAUAGGAGAAAGGAACUAGGAAACUGUUCGAGCACUUGGGAAUUCACUGCCUUUUGCAAUUAAUUAAUUAAUUAAUUUUGUGUUUUUGAGACAGGGUCUUGCUGUGCAGCU